UGUUAGCCGUCUUUCCUUGGCAGGUGUCUUUUUCCCUCCGGACCAUCAGAGCCGCAUUUCUUAGCAUCAGCCUUAAUCAGAUCUGCUAUUACCCUUUUGGGCCAAUCUUUGUUUAAACGAGGUCUUGGCUCGCGGCCACGCGGAACUACCCAACAACAUGCACGGAGUCACACUCGCCCCGAAGAUUUCGGGCAAACACAACCCAGACGGCCAAAACGAGGCUCACGUCGAGAACCUCGCCAAUGCUCUUCCCGGUGUAAACGAGAAGGAUGCUGCCGCCAUCGCCGCGGCCGGUGGUUGGGAGGUCGAUGCUUUCAUCGACAGCAUGGAGCGGGAGCUGGAGGCCGCUGGUGGUUUGAAGAAGGGCUUUUUCCAACUCGAGUUCACCAACACCAAGUACUUCACAUGGCUCAUUGUGGCCUUCGCCUCCAUGGGCGGUCUCCUUUCCGGUCUCGAUCAGUCUCUCAUCUCGGGCGCCAAUCUCUUCCUCCCUGGUGAUCUUGGCCUCACAACCCGCGAAAACUCCCUCGUCAACUCUGCCAUGCCUCUCGGUGCCGUCGGUGGUGCCAUUAUCCUCAGUCCCUCGAACGAAUACCUCGGCCGAAAGAUGUCCAUCAUCAUCUCUUGCAUCCUUUACACUAUUGGCGGUGCGCUUUGCGCCGGUGCCCAGAACUUUGGCAUGAUCGUCACUGCUCGUGUUAUCCUCGGAAUGGGUGUCGGUCUCGAGGGUGGUACCGUCCCCGUCUACGUCGCCGAAACCGCCGAACGUCGCAUCCGUGGUAAUGUCGUCUCCCUAUACCAACUCAACAUCGCCCUCGGUGAGGUUCUGGGCUACGCCAUCGCCGCCAUGUUCAUCCACGUGCCCGGCAACUGGCGCUGGAUUCUUGGAUCCUCCCUUCUCUUCUCCACCAUCAUGUUCGCCGGCAUGCUCUUCCUGCCCGAGUCUCCUCGUUACCUGAUGCACAAGGGCAAGACGCUCGAGGCCUACAAGGUGUGGAAGCGCAUCCGUGGUAUCUCUACUCCUGAGGCCAGAGAAGAGUUUUUCGUCAUGAAGGUUUCCGUCGUCGACGAGAAGCAGCAAGUGUCUGAGGGUGCCAAGAACAAGCGCUUCCCCUGGAUGGACUUCAUCACCGUCCCCCGCGCCCGUCGUGCAUUGGUCUACGCCAAUAUCAUGAUUCUUCUUGGCCAGCUUACUGGUGUCAAUGCCAUCAUGUACUACAUGUCUAUCCUCAUGCAGCAGAUCGGUUUCAACGACGAGAAGGCCACCUACAUGUCUCUCGUCGGUGGUGGAUCUCUGCUCAUCGGCACCAUCCCUGCCUGCUUCUAUAUGGAGAAGUUUGGUCGUCGCUUCUGGGCCAACACUAUGCUUCCCGGUUUCUUCGUCGGAUUGGUCAUUAUCGGUGCCAGCUACCAGAUCCCUACCGACACCAACACUACCGGUGCCGUGGCUUGCUACCUCAUCGGUUUGGCUCUGUACAUGGGCUUCUUCGGCUGCUACGCUUGUCUCACCUGGGUUGUUCCUUCUGAAGUCUACCCCACCUACCUCCGAUCCUACGGCAUGACCACGUCGUCUGGUCUGCUGUUCCUGUCUUCCUUCAUUGUCACCUACAACUUCUCCGCUAUGCAGGAGGCCAUGACCCGUACUGGUCUUACCCUGGGCUUCUACGGUGGCAUUGCCAUCCUGGGAUGGUUCUACCAGAUGAUCUUCAUGCCUGAGACCAAGGACAAGACUCUCGAGGACAUUGAUCGUCUCUUCGAGAAGCCGACCAGCGAGAUUGUCGCCAUGAACAUGAGGAACAACACCCAGGCUUUCGGCAACUUCUUCAUGGGUCGCUGGGGCAGCAAAGCGCAACAGCCCACUCGCGAACUCGAGGUUGAGGAGAAGGAGAAGGACAUCGCGGCCUAAAUCCUCAACUGCAUUUUAUGUAUAACGAAUUGGCUGCGGCUAGGAUAGAUACCCUGAUACUUUAUAAUCCAAGUGUUUUGAGACCAUGACAGUACGUGC